AUGGCCACUUCCGCAGCCAGCCCAGCCUACGUCUUGGGCGUGGGCAUGACACAGUUCAUCAAGCCCAGAGGCAAAGUGACCUACUACGAGAUGGGCUUCGAAGCCGGCGUCAAAGCCAUGCUCGACGCGCACAUCAACUACGACGACGUCGAGAUGGGCCUCGCAUGCUACUGCUACGGUGAUUCGACGAGCGGCCAACGAGUCUUUUACCAGUUCGGCAUGACGGCCAUCCCGGUCCUCAACAUCAACAACAACUGCGCUACCGGGUCGAGCGGCCUGUUCAUGGCGCGCAAGCUCAUCCAGGGCGGCACCGUCGACUGUGUCCUCGUGGUUGGCUUCGAACAGAUGCGGCCCGGAAUGCUCAGGUCCAACUGGCCAGACCGUCCAUCGCCCACGGGGCUGAUCAGGAAGAUGGGCGACGAGAUCGCGCCCGAGAAGUCCAACAGUCCUCCCAACGCGCAGAUCUUUGGGAAUGCAGCGAGAGAGUACAUGGCCAAGUACGGCGCUGAGGCGGACGACUUUGCCGAGAUCGCGCGCGUCAACCACGACCACUCUGGCCGAAACCCGUAUUCGCAGUUCCGCGAAAAGUAUUCCCUCGAGGGCAUUCGCAAGUCGGACAUGAUCUACGAGCCCCUGACGAAGCUGCAGUGCUGCCCGACCAGCGACGGGGCCGCCGCCGCCGUCAUUGUGUCGCAGCGGUUCCUCGACGCGCGCCCGCACCUGCGCGACAAGGCCGUCCUGAUCGCCGGGCAACACUGCGUCACCGACUCGCCGAAGCUGUUCUCCCGGAGCGCCAUCGAGCUGGUCGGGUUCGACAUGUCCAAGCAGGCGGCACGAGUGGCCCUGGCGGAGGCGAGGGCGUCUCCGCGCGACGUCAAGAUCUGCGAACUGCACGACUGCUUCUCCGCCAACGAGCUGUUGACCCUGGAUGCGCUCGGCCUGUGCGAGCCCGGCAAGGCUCACGAGAUGGUCCGCAACGGCGACAUCACCUACGGGGGCCGUGUCGUGGUCAACCCUUCAGGCGGGCUGAUUUCCAAAGGCCACCCCCUGGGCGCCACGGGCCUCGCCCAGUGUGCCGAACUCGUCUGGCAUCUCCGCGGGUGGGCAACGAACCGACUGGUGUCUGACCUCGACGUCGCCCUCCAGCACAACCUGGGCCUCGGAGGCGCCGUCGUCGUCACCGUCUACAGGCGCGCAGACGGCCAGAGGAGCUCGAUCGCCUCGGACCGCACUGCCGCCCAGAGUUCCGGCCUGGGUUACAAUCCGGCCGUCGAGGCGCGCAAGAUCCAGGCUUCCGACGCCGACAAGGUCCGGAGCAGGAGGUGUCGUGUUGACUGGGCUCUGGGAGACACGCAGCAGCGCAUCGAUGCUCGACUUUGA